ACACGAGAUAAACAGGUUCAACAACAUUCGCAUGCUUGAGAACAGAUAUAAACAGUGCGGAGCAGCUGUUCAGGGUUUACAAGCCUUGACUUUCCUCCUGGUUUUACAGGAGAUUUGGAUUUUCAACUGUGUAUUUCUCUGAGGAAAAUGACCAUCAAAAACUUCUCAAUUGAAUAUGAUGCCAUCAACCACAAAAACACCUUCUCAAAUGGAGAUACCAUUAAUGGUAGAGUUAUCGUGGAGGUUUCUAAGGAAACUAAAAUCCAGUCGCUUGUUUUUAUAGCAAAGGGAAAAGCUCGGGUCUGCUGGUCUGAAAAUUACGGGCAAAAUCAACAUCAUGUGUACUGGUCUAAUGAGAAAUAUUAUGAUGUCAAACAUCAUAUUUUGAGAGAGGCAAGACAAGAUGGCACUGAAGUCAUUGGUAAAGGAAGACAUGCAUUUCCCUUUUCCUUUAAGAUUCCUGACAGAAAAAUCCCAUCAUCUUUCAAAUCCUCCAUAGGCAACAUUGUUCAUAAAUUGAAGGCAGAGCUUCAUCAAUCAAUGAAGCUGACAAAAAAGGUUAACACCCACUUCACAUUUGUGUCCAAAGCAGACAUGGAUACUCCCGGUCUUAUGGAACCUCAGAAUGGUUGCAAGGAUAAAUCUGUCAACGUUUUCGGCUCUGGAAACAUUUCAAUGGAUGUUCACACCAAGCAGAUGGGAUACAAGCAAGGCGAGGCUCUCCAAGUCACAGUUGAAGUCAGCAACCAAUCAACUCGUUCAGCGAAGCCCAAAUUCAUACUGUAUAAGAAGCAGAGUUUCUUCGCCCAGGGUCGCAGGAGACUUCACAAAGAGAAGAUCAUUAAGGAGAUGAGUGAGGCUGUUGCAUCCUCUGGGAAAGAGACUGUGACCAAGGUGAUCUCCAUCCCCACGGAGCUACCUCCCUCCAUCUUGAACUGCUCCAUCAUCAAGCUGGAGUACAAGCUGAGGAUCUAUCUAGAUGUCAAGUUUGCUUCAAACCCAGAGAUCAAACUCCCUAUAGUCAUCCUACCUUCCUUUGAGGUUCCUGCUAUGAAACCACCUGCUGCUGCUGGCUUUGGAUUUAAAGCAUUUGGGGACCCAGACCAAGCACCCUGGAGCACGGCAUCACAAGCACAAGCAGCACCCCAAGAAGUGGAUCCCCCACCUCCGUAUGACGCAUAUGCAAUGUACCCUAGCAAAUAUGCGAGUGCACUUUAAAUACGCCACCGUUUUAGCAUUGCACUGUGCUUAGAUUAACCACAAUGCAACUCGAGCACCAUUAGUCAUUAGUAGCUUCAUUUGAUUUUUGUUUUACAUUAUGAUGUAAUGCUUUCUUGGGCUGACCCCAGGUAGAGUAGUUACCACCUUGGUAGUGGCUAAUGAGGAUCCAAACAAACAAAUAAAUAAAUAAA